AUGGCCGAAAAGAAGACUGUUUCUUUCGCCGAGAACGUCGAAAUUGGAGGAUUUACUGGAAAUCCCGAGGAACAUCGACGCUUCCUUAAGCGAAUUGCCGAGGGUGACGGAGCAACCGUUGUCGACGAGGACGAUGAUAACGAGCGAGUACCCAAAAAGAUCCCGCGUCUUGAUGAACCAGAAGAAGACGAGAAGAAAAAGAAGCACACUUUGGACAGCGAUGAAGAAGAGGACGAGGAUCACAAACGAAUGGACUCGAAAAAGAUUGAAGGACAAGAAGAUAGCACUCUCGACUUCGAUGAAAACAUCAAGAUCACGCCAUUCAAUAUGAAAGAAGACGAGGAAGAGGGUCACUUUGACGAGACCGGGAAUUUCAUCUUUGACCGCAACAAAGAGGAUAUAAAAGACGCGUGGUUGGACAACAUCGAUUGGGGUCACAUCAAGAAGAAGGCUGGCGAGCAUUGGGAGAAGUUCGAGGACGAAGAAGAAGCGUUGCCACCAACAAUGGAUGAUGGGAGAAGAAAGGAGAUCUUCAAACUACUAAUCGAGCUGUUGAAACCCGAUCAAUCCGUCACAAAGGCGCUUUCUGAGAUUCGAAAGUCAAAGAAGUUAACACCAGCCGAAGAACGAAAGCUUCGAUGGGCGGCAAAAAAAGAGGGCAAAACUUUGGAUUCGGACAACAAUCAAAAACUGACUACAGAAUUGAGUGCACUUGCUGAUGAGCUGAUCUCCGCGGGCCAUAUGGAUGCCUACGAGUGGAACCGAGAAAAAGUUGAGUACAACUUGAAAAGAUUGGACAAUGUUGCAGUAGACGAUGUGGAUAUGUUUGGUGAUGAAUCAGUUGCUGCUACUUCGGCUACAACCGAAACGAAUACUCAGAUAUUAGACGAAGAAAUCAUGUGGGAAUAUAAAGAAUCAGGUGAUGCGAAAAUCGAGGGCCCGUUCACUUCACAACAAAUGGCCGAUCGACAAGCCAAUGAGAAACUUUCGGCAAAGGGAGUCGCAAGGAAAAUGGUUGAAAGCAAAGACCAGGCGCAAAAAGAUGCGGGCUCACCGUUCAAACACGAAGAGGGAUUCAACCCGUUUCUAUUUUUUUCAGUCGCAAUCAUUUUCUCUGGCGUAAUUCUUCUCAUUGUUUGGGUGAUAAAGGUGCGAAAUGACGAGGAAACUGCGAAAAAGCGACGAGCCGCUAUGAUGGCAAUGAUGCAGAAUGAUGAUGAAGGGGAUCGACGAGCACAAAACGUGGCGGGUGGUCGACGAGCAAGAAACCGGCGACGAGUGAAUCUCGACGACGAAGAUGGGUUCGUUCAACACUUAAUGCAACAAGAAGAAGAAAAUUCUGAUGGUGAAAAUGGGGCAGACUUCUCGAAUUUGCCCGAAAAUCACGAAGGAAUCGGUGCCAAAAAGCUGGCGAAACUGCAAGCAAAAGCUGAGAAAAAAGCCGCCCGCGAAGCAGAACUUGUCGAAAGAGAGGAACGGAAGAAACGAGAAGCCGAAAAGGAUAAACAACGAGAAACGGAACGGGAAAAAGAGCGACAAGAGGAAGAAGCUGAAUUGGAACGACUCCGCAAAGAGAAAGAAGAACGGGAGAAGCGAGAACUUGAAGAAUAUCUGAAGUUAAAAGAGUCAUUCAUCGUCGAAGAAGAGGGUUGCGAUGAGAUCGUUGGAGAGGAGGCCGAAAAUCUGAUGCUACAAUUCGUGAAUUAUAUAAAAGACAGCAAGGUUGUGAACAUGGACGAAUUAGGAGCUCAUUUUGGAUUCAACACUGAAGAGGCGGUGAAACGAGUGAAAUUCUUCAUGGAAAACGGUGAUUUGACAGGCGUGAUGGACGAUCGAGGGAAAUUCAUCUACAUCACAACAGAAGAACUUGAUGCAGUAGCCCAAUUUGUGAAUCAACGUGGACGUGUGACAAUUACCGAGCUCGCCAAUUACAGCAAUCGAUUAAUUCGCCUCGAUGCGGCUAAUGCAGAAUCUACA